GUAGGCAAAAAGAGCCUUACUCAUGUAUAAGUGAAUGUGUGGUUGGGAGGGUUGGUCAUCGUGGUGUUUAUUCAUCACUAUGCUGUGAGCCUCAGCUGUGUGUGACUGGUGGACGGUUUGCCUAUACCUGUAGAAUAAUGGACGGUCCAAUGAAUAAUGAAGAAAGUCCCAGGCGUGACUUUGAUGAACUGAGUGUAGCCUCUGACUUCAGCAUCAUACCAGAAAGUUUUGUUAGUCAGGAAGACCAAGGAUUUAACGAAUCAAGAAGCAUGGCCAGUGAAAGAGCUUUUCUCCAGUGUAAGGACCUUGAGCCAUCACCUGCAGCAGAAACUUCAUUCGGCAAGGUUCUCUUCCAGAACAUUCAAGCAACAUACACGGCUGAUACUGACAUAGCUGUUUCAUAUGUAUUGACUCCUAGCGUGACAGCCAAGUCAUCAGACCGUGUUGCUCUAUAUCGGGUUGGGUUUGGAUCACCCCAAGACUAUUUGUGUUACCAGUGGGCUCCAACACCUAGUAAAGACCACACCCAGAAUCAUUUACCCCUCACUGUUGUGUUCAAAGCAAGUUGCUUGCCUAAAGAUGCUGGCGAGUUCUUCCAAUUCUGUUAUGUCACACACGAAAGUCACAUCGUGGGAGUAUCAACACCAUUCCAGCUUCAGCAGUUGGGGAGCAUGGGCAUGAAUGGUGUGUGUGGGAUGGAUGAUAGUGAGGACGGAAUGGUGAUGGUAUGCACCAAUGAAAGUAUCCUUCAUGACAAAGUUAACAAGUUGUCAAAGCAAAAUGAAAAGCUUCUUGGAGAUCUGAGCAGCCAACAGAAGCUGGUGGAAGAAAAACAGCGAGAACUGGAAGACAAGCUUCACCAGCUCAGCAUGUGUCAACAUCAUCUUCAGGCUCUUGAGACAAAAAUGAAGAAAGAGACUAGUGAAAAGUGCGAAUUGAUGGGUAGAAUUGGUCAGGUAGUAGAGGAGAAGGGUCACCUAGAGGACUAUGCCAAGACACUGGACCGUUCUUUGGCCACGUCCAGUGCUCGAGUAACAGAACUUGAAGAUUUACAGGUUACUAUAAUGGCAGAAAAAAAAAAACAAGAGGAAGAGCUUUUAGUAUCUCGUAAGCAUCAAGAGCAGCUGGAACAUUCCCUAUUGGAGUGUCAGGAAGAACUGUCUGAGUGCAAGAAGAAACUCAAGAACACAGCUGAGAACUUGGAGAAAACCCAAGACGAGCGUGACCAUGCAAUCAAGGAACUGGAGUUUUGGACAUCAAGUGCUGCAGCAGACAAAAAUGAGAAGAAUUCUCUGGCUCUUAAGUUUUCAACCGUGAAUGAAGAAUUGAUUUAUAAGCUUGAAGAGCUUGAUAAAAGUAAGAAGCUUGUUCAGGAUCUGGAAGAGAAAUUGACUGACUGUGUUAUACAAAUGACAAGCACACAGGAUAAACUGAAAGAUGUUGAGAAGAAACUUGCUGCUGCUGAGGAACAAAAGAAAAUUCAUGAGGAACGGGAGGCUGUUGUUAACCAAGAUAAUCACCAGCUAAAGGCUUCAAUUUGUCAGCUCAAGGAAAAUAUGGAACUCUUGGAAAAUGCACAGGAAAGAGAUCAGAGUGGUCGUGAAGCUGCAGAAAGGAUUGCUAGUGACUUGAGUAGUCGCCUUCAAACUGCCAAAGCUGAAUAUCAAACAGUAGCUCUUACCAACCUUCGCCUUGCUAAGAAAAUUAAGAAGCUCCGUCAAGCCAUAAAUUCUCAAAGGGACAAUGAUAAACAGUCAGUCAUGACAUCAUCUGCAUUAUUACAAGCUAGUACAUGGUUCCAUGUAGAUGAUGAAGCAGAUGAUGCUGAAGACUUGGAAGUUGGAGCUUGCGCAGAUGAAGUAGUAGAAUCACCUCCAAUUAUGACACAGUCAUGUUCCACAGUACUAACUGGAACAAGUUGCAGUAGUUGUUCGCAUACCACUCAGCAGCUUAGUGAAGCUGUUCACCGCAAAAUGGAAGACAUAGUUCGAGAACUCUCUCAGCAAAUAAACUCUCUUAAGUUGCAGUUACAAACACAUCAAGAGGAACAAGAGUCACAGUCGAAGAGUGUUGCCCAUGACACCCAACACUCGGAGUCAGAACCUCAGUUAAACACACAUCAACAGCAGGAGCAGGAGCAGGAGCAACAGCAGUUGCCAGAGGAGCCAAUGCAUGAACAAGGACAGCAGGAUGAUGGACCUGUAGUUCAGGAGGAUGAUAUAACACCAGUAGUUCAGGAAAAUAUUGAUGAGCAGCAAGUUCUUUACAGCAAUAGUUUUUUGCCAGCUCUGCAAACUGCACCCGUCUUUCUCCCUGAAAAUGAAAGGCAGGAGCCAAGUACCAACCAAGAAGCUAAUGGUGCCUCUUUUCAGCCAUCAGCACCAUCUCCAACUCCUUCCUCGUAUCCUUACCUGCCAUGUGGCCAGUCUGGUACUAACGGCAGUCCUGCCAAUAUAGUGAGUUCUCCUAUCAAUGGUGCCCCACUAGUUGUACCACCAUCACACAUUCCACCAAUUUCUCCAAUGUCUGGUUCUGUUCUCCCUCCUCCACUGCAGCCAGAGACAACCCCAACAGCCAUUCAGGCUGCUGUAAUGAGUCAAUUCUCUACCCAGCUGAUGCCCGGUAAUCAAGGACAUGAAUCAGAUGAUGAUGACUUCCACAGCACUAGUGACAACGAUGACGCAGUACCCCUUCCCACUCAACAGGGGCAGAGCCACUUGAUAGAGUGCCCAUUGUGCAGCCUUUCAUUUCAAUCGGAAGCCAUUCGCCUUCUGGAAGAACAUAUUAAUUCUCACCUAGAGCAUGUCUGUCCAGUGUGCUCCAUGGCUUUCCAGAGAAACAACCAAAAACGGUUUGAGGAUCAUGUUCACGCACACUUCGCAGAAGAAGGUUCAGAUGACCAUAAUCCUUUGGAUGAUCCCUCAGGCCCCUGGGGUCCACAGUUCAGGGCAGCACGCCUCUUGGAGAUUGAUUAAGAAGUUUCAAGAGAUCAUAAGGGAUGCAUGUGCAUAUCAAAAGCUAUAUUGGGUUUGUUGCUGGUUGUAAUAUGGCUGGAAGAACUCUGCACAAUAGAUAAAACUAUAUUACUUUUCUUUAUGGCUCAUGAAUGCAAUGUAUUCUAGUGUAAAAUUAUGUAAUUUUAGCACUCUUUGGAAGUUUCAGUAUGUUUGAUGUAACUAGUGAAAUGCUGAAUUAUCCAUUGGAGUAUAUGUUUUAGCACAAUAAAUAUUGGCCUGGUGAUAAGGUUUUCACUACAAUAUGCCUCAUGCUUAUUAUAUUGUGUAGGUAUGAUUAGAAUGUGGAACAGCCACAAGUGCUCAAGGCAUACUUUAUAUGCAGCACUUGUAUAGUGGAUCAUUCUUUUUUAGAUAUAUUGACUGAAAUUGCAGACUAGUAUCAAAGGAAAUAUAAAUUGUAGCUUACUUUAAAUUUUAAUUGUGUACCAAAAUUAACAUGUAAACUGGCAUUGAAAGGAAUGCUUCAAAUAUUUUUAAAUUUAUUUCUUUAAUAUUGUGCACAUGUUGAUCACUGAAUUUCUGAUAACUGAAAUUUUGAUAUUAAAAAAAAAAAAAGCUACUAGCACAUAGCUAAUAACAGUAUAAAGUAACCAUGAAUUGGUUACUUUAUAUUGUAAAGCAAGGAAACCACAAAUAUAUACAUUUCUGUUUUGUAAUCUAUUAUUAUUAUUAUAAUCAAAAAGAAGCGCUAAGCCACAAGGGCUAUACAGCGCUGCUUUUGUAAUCUAAUUUCUGUAAAACCAUUUAUUUUUACCCAUUACUUGUUAUUGUAUAUAUUAGCUAUGCUUAUAAGGUUCAGUUUUCCUUAAAGUACUGUAUUAUUAUUACAUUCAUGGGGGAGCACCAAACCUGUAGAUGUCAUACAGUGCCUAGGAGAAUAAAAGGUAUUUAGGCUUGAUUCACGGAAUUGGAACAUACGUCCAAUUCCUUUAGUGUACACUAUUAUAAGUUUCAAAUUGUAAUAUUGCUUUUUAGUUCAUUCCAGUUAACUUUUAUGGAAAAAAUGCAUCUUCCUGUUGAAAGAUCAACUAUGUAUUCCCAUCCAGGUUUUUGCAUUCUUUCAUAAGUUGUGUCAUCCACUCUUAUUUUCUCGAGACCUUUUCAGAGCCUUUAGCUCUAAGCAUCACUUAAAGUUCUGGGAUACAUUUGUACUUUUUUGUCAUACAUUUCUCUUGAUUUGGACACUAUGCAACAGUUGCAUAUUUUAGAUCUAAUAUGUACAGUAUUAAACAUUUCUUUGGCAAUUUUCCAUUUGUGUACUUGAAAGGUCAUGGACAGUUUGUCUAUAUAUAAAAGAAUCUUUUAGAAAAUAUAGAAGCGAGCACUGUUGAUUGUAUUUAAUGCUUACUACAUUAGAAAUGUAAAAGUAAUAUAGGUAGACAUUGAUGUAUAAAAAUGCAUAACUUUACAACAUGCAGUAAGAGUUCGAGUGUUUGUAAUAUAAAAUUUUCUAGAACUCUCCUACAAAUUUGUAGUAAUAAAACUGCAAAAAUUCAGGAUUUAAGUAAGAGAAAAUUAGUUUUGAAAUGAACAGAAUUUAAAUUUGGUAUAUCUUUAUUUUUUUUUAAAGGAUCAAGAAUUUCUAGGUUUUGUAUUAUUAUUAUAAUCAAAAAGAAGCGCUAAGCCACAAGGACUAUACAGCCUAGGUUUUGUAGUGAUAAUAAAGGCCUUUAUCAGAACCAAAGGGAAAGCCACACCCAUAGGCUGAGAACUUCAGCUGACGCAUCUUUUUUUUUUUCGUGUGUGUGUGUGUGUAGAUCAUGUAAUUGUUUCAGUAUUUUAAUUGCAAGAAUAAAAACAUUUGACCUCUAAAAAAUUAUUUUGUAAAGAAGUCUGAAAAGAAGAACUACUAUUCCACAAUUCUUGACCAAUUUGUAACAAGUCUACAACACAUGUAUAAAAGUAACAUUUAUCAAGAUAAUUGAUAUCUUGUGUAAGUAAAUAAACUAUUGAAAUUAUGAAAUACAAUGUAGUCCUACUCGUCUUGAAUGGCAUAAUUAAAUUAAAAUGUAUUUGAAACCAAUGGGGCCAUCAAAAAUUACAGUUGACCAGUCCAUUCUAAACAAAUAUGAUCCACCAUAUGCAUGAAAUUAAUGUGCUGCUAAGUCAUAUAGAGUAGACCGUCGUUUAACACAGUAGUUACGUUCCUGAAAAUGCCGUGUUAGUCAAAACCAUGUUAGACAAACUGAAGAACUUUGGGGAAAAUAGGGUUGCAUUCCUGGGAGCCCCCACAAAGCCAAAGAACUUUUUUCUAGACCUCCAGAUCUUGCAAAAUCAAAGUGAAUAUAUAAUUGGAAAUAAAUGGUAUUAAAUACCGACACAGUGGAAAUAUAAACACACAUGCAGUAUAAUGUGAUCCUUUAUUGACAACGUUUCACCCACACAUUGGGCUUUUUUCAAGUCUCACACAGAUCUACCUGGGGUGGAAGGUACGGGAGUAUUUAUAGUCAUGUUCAGAAUGUUGAGGUCAGGUGGAGAAUGCUGCAUCUGAUGAUCUACCGGGUGGAGUUAUAGAGUCUUGGGUAGCUUGGCAGGGGUAUUGGACAAGUUGUGAGAAGACCUUCUGCAGUGUUCUAUGUUCUUAUGUGAGAUAGCGAUGAAGAAGUUUCUUGGCAAGUGGUUCAGCUAUGUUAUAGAAGCCGUUGUUCUGGUUGAAAUUGUUGGUUAUAGAGAUAAGCGAUGAUUCCAGGAUUCUUCGGUAUUGAGUGUUGUCUUCUGUGGCGAUAAGUCUUGAGUUUCUGUAGUUAAUUAAAUGGUUGUGUGAAUAUAUAAUUGUAGUUCAUUGUCAUGAUAUAUUACUGCUUAAGACUACAAAUGCAAUAGAAAUAAUAGUAUUUUAAUUGCAAGAAUAAAAACAUUUGACCUCUAAAAAAUCUGAGAAAAAUUAUUUUGUAGUCUGAAAAGAGUAACUAUUAUUUCACAAUUCUUGACCUUAAAUUGUGGGUAAUGAUGACUGAAGAGUGGAUAUGGAUGGUGUGGACCUACUGAGCUGAGGUGGAUGGUAGAGGUUCUGGUACUAAAGUUGAUGGUCGUACUGGAGUGUGCAUAAAUCAGUCAAGUCGGUCAGUAUGUUAAGUCGUCACACAAACUCAUAUUUACCUCAUUCUUUUUGUGUACAGUGACGAUUCAUUACUGCCACUCGUGAGCCACUCUUAAGCUUAUCUAAUAUCUCAAUUUUCAUCGUAAUUCCUAAACCUGAACACUUAAACCUUUUCUUGUCACUUGUGGGAACCCUUGUUUGCUUACUGGGUGCCAUGAUUGCUUGGCAGAUUUAAUAAAUGGUAAUGAAAAUAAAAUAUGUAUGUAAAUACACAUUGAGCUUCCCAAGUAUCAUCGUCCUACACGAGUAUGAACCGAACUGAAGGGUGGUGUGGGUGGCUUAGGGUGCGGGGGAUGGUGGUAGGUCUUCCCCGUUGACUCAGUGGUGUAACCCACAGACCAUCCUGCCCAGUGGGCAACCGUGUGCUCAAAAUUUUUUCUCCUCCCACAACCGUGUUAAACUAAUUUUAUGAAGUGUUAAACAAAAAUAUGCCGCAAUUCUUCAAUUGUGCUAUAACAAAAACGUGGAAGACAAAUCCGUGUUAAACAACAGUCUACUGUAUAUACAUAUUGUGUGUUAGCCAUUUCUCCCUUAUCACACACUACAAUAAACUUGUUUUGCUCCAAAAUCAUGUUGUGAAAAGGAUACACACACGACAGUUACUUGCAAACAGUAAAAUAUUGGCAUAAAAGCUUCGGUUUUAGACAAGCUACUGUAUACAGUUUACACAACUGUUUGCAUUGCCAUGAUAUUUGAAAGAAAGUGUUGACUGGAUCCUUUGUUUCAGGGAAAGUUUUGGUAUUUUCUCUCAGAUUUUUGGCCAUUUUGAAUCAAGUUGGAACCAGUUAAAUUUUUGAGACAAUGAAAAAUUGUUGUCAUGAGUGUUUUCAUGGGAAAGUGCUAAACCUAUAAGGACAAUACAGUACCUACUGAUUAUAACUGAAUUUCUGAUUCAUGAUAAAUCUGGUUUACUGAAGUCACUGUAUUUAACAUUUGGAACCUUCCUUAAUUUAAUAAUGAAAUGAAGUGUGAAACCCACAGGAACCGUAGACUUCAUGGGGCAUGGGAGGCAAUCUUGUUUGAUCCAAGGAAUGAUAAGAAGGAAGUCCAAUUCCUUGGAUGAACAGCUCUCAUCUGUAUCAAGAAACCUCCCUUGAGGGGAAAUUUUCUUUUUGUGGGAUGCAAUGACUUGUAUUAUGUUACAGAUAUAAUGGUCUAAUAAAGAAGAAUGAAGAAAAACGAGUAAGAAGGAUUAUUGUAUUACACAGAUAUAAUGGUCUAAUGUAGAAGAAUGAAGAACAUUAUUAUUAUCGUAACUAAGAGCUAAACCCACAAGGGGAGAAUAAAUAAAAAUGAGUAAGAGGGGAAGACGGCAAAUGAAAGUGCUAGCACAGAUGAUGAAAGUUAUAAAUGUUUUACACAGUUUCAGUGACCAGUGGUGUACCCUGUUUUAAAAAAUUAAGUAUUUGGGUCUAAAUAUCUGAUCUGUCAUGAACAAUACACAGCAAAUUAUAAUUACACACACUGUACUACACAGCUCCAAUAAAUUAUAACAGUUACUAGAUCCUAAUUAUUCAGCCUUCCAGAUGGGUUUAGCAUUUUUGGGGGGAAUAUUGUAUAUCAGAAGAAAUUUCAUCCAAAAUAUAUUUGCCAUGUAUUUUUUGAUCAAAGCAAUUAUGUCAAUAUUUCUUUGUACAAAAACUUCAUACAUUUACAUUAAAGAGGGAAAAGCAACUCGCCCCAAUGGAUGAGACCUGAGGGUACCAGUGCUGUAGCCAGGGUAGGUGAAGUUAUUUUGCUACACAGAUUUAAUUUACUGAAUGCAUUUUUUAUGUUACUUUGUUAACCCUUUGACUGUUUGAUGUAUAUAUACGUCUUACAAGCCAGUGUUUUUGACGUAUUUAUACUCCAAAAUUCUAGCGGCUUCAAAUCAAGCGGGAGAAAGCUGGUAAGCCCACAUGUGAGAGAAUGGGUCUGUGUGCACAGUAUAAAAAAAAUCCUGCAGCACGCAGUGCAUAACGAGAAAAAAAACUCCAAAUGUGUUUUUGGAUUAAAAUGCCGACUUUGAGGUGUAUUUUCGUAUAGUGUUUAUGGUUGUAUUUUCAUUUUCUUGGUCUCAUUUGAUAGAAUGGAAGACAUGUUACAGAAAUAGAGAUGAUUUUGAGUAGUUUCACGAUGAAAAGGACCUUGAAAUUGAGCUCAAAGUAGUGGAAAUGGUCGAUUUUUGCCGAUGUUCAAGAGUAAACAAAUGAUGUCAUUGUCCAAUAAGUGUCCAACUAGCCAUUCUAAUACGCAGUCACGAAUGGGUUGACAUCAUUUAUACAAUUAUUACAAUAAUGCAGUAGUUUGCAUAACAGUAAAUCUUCUAUUUUUUGUGAAUAAAAAUUCAAAAUAGAAGGCAAGAGUAAUAUGAGGGGCCUGGAGACAUGACUGAUGAACAGAGAAAAUGUUAUUUUUAGUGCCAGUCUGCACUGUUUAUUCUGGACCCUAUUUUAAAAAUGGCAUUUUUUUUUAUUUGCAUGAAAUUGGCCAAAUUACCAAUUUCUGACCACUUUAUUGGGUAGUUGAAAUCAGUAAAUGGGUGAUUUCUUGUACUCAGUCGAUAGAACAAAUGGAGUUCUAAAGAAAUAGCUGUAAGUUUGGUCGACUGGAACAAUGGAAUUGGCCGAAAAUAGGACUCAAAGUGGGCGAAAUUGCCGAUGCGUAGAUAUUGCCGAGAUUCCUAACUUCAUGAGAGUGUAAUUCCGUAAGCUUUCAAUCAAAUUUCGUACUUUUGGUGUCAUUACCAUUGGGAAAAGAUUCUCUAUCAUUUCAUAUGAAAAAAAAAAAAAUUUUUUUAAAUUCUUAAACACUGAGAGCAAGUUUGUGAGCAGGGGUCUCGACAGUCAAAGGGUUAAAGCACUUGGACUCAACCCAUGCUAUAACACUAACCAGGAUGCCACUGUGAAGUAAAAAUAACUACUCAGUACCCUGCUUGAUUCAAGAUUAACUGUGGUAACUAAUCUUUAACCUGCCACAAAUGUAUUUAGCAAGCAUAGGUGCAGCAAGGCAAACUACUACUACUAUUACAUGGUGGACAAUGAGGGUUUGAAACAUGUCAGUCAUUGAGCUGGGAUCUGUUGUUAUGACUAGCAGCUAGCAUUAAUAAGAUUGAGCAUUAUAUAAUUAUUAUGCCUUGUUUAAAAAUGAUAAUUUAAUUUCAUUUAAAACUAAGUUGAUCUGGAUUAUAGUCAGUUUACUUUUUUCCUGGCACUUGGUUUACUUUUUCUGGCACCAGAAAUAGGACACAGUAACAUCCAAGUUUUUACCAUUUAUUUAUAUGCAUGAAGAACUUGGAGUUUAUAUUGAUAAUAAAUGUACUCUUUAGUUUUAUAAAUAUAUAUUAAUAUGUUACAA